UUCCAUCCUGUGUGUCACUGCUGGUCGCUGGUCCCAAAACAGGCACCCGAGCUCCCUCCCAGCGAUGAUAUCCCACCCUGCUAUCUGGGCUUUUCGUAGCAGUGUGAGGUGCUGGCGACACCGGGCUGUACUCAAAGCGGCUCUGGGGCCCCCGGACGUCAGCGUUUGGCGCUGGUACUCGAGCCCAAUUCGUGACGGUGUCACAGGCAUGGAGGCGAUACUGGCGAGGGUGGUUGCACCUUUACCCACAUACGAAACAAGAGACAAAUCCCCUCCUCCUCCCGAAUCAAACAGCUUGGAGUUCAUGCACUUCUACGGCAGCCUCGACAAGGACGACAAACUCGGCUUCCUGACGAGGCUGGCACAGGACUUCGGGGUAGACCACAAAGGCGUUUCAGAGCUCGCCGUGAAGCUGCUGGACACUCAGCUACGGGACUUGGCGACCAUUUUGCAAGUCGAAGACAGGCUGCGGUACAGCCUGACUCCCCGAUAUAAACAGUUGCUUUAUCAUAUAAGCAGGGUCGAGGGGGGAGUGAAGUUUCUGGUGGAUCUCCGAGCCGACGUGCUUGAAAUAAUCUCCUCCAAAGCUAGCGAGAGUCCGCACAUCAGGGACCUGAACGGGACGCUAAAGAGCUUGCUGUCUGAGUGGUUCUCUGUAGGUCUGCUCCGACUGGAGAGAAUCACCUGGCAGUCCCCUUGCGAGAUCCUGCAGAAGAUCAGCCAGUAUGAGGCAGUGCACCCUGUAAGGAACUGGACUGACCUGAAGCGCAGAGUGGGGCCAUACCGCAGAUGUUAUGCCUUCACCCAUGCUGCUAUGCCAGGAGAACCCCUGGUUGUACUACAUGUGGCUCUCACUGAAGACAUCUCUGACAACAUUCAGAGUAUCGUCCGUGAGUUCUCCACUCUUGACACUGAGGAGGAUGUGAAUAAGAUAAAUGCAGCCAUCUUCUACUCUAUCUCCUCAACCCAGGCUGGCCUACAAGGGGUGGAGCUGGGCAACUACCUCAUCAAGAGGGUGGUCCGAGAACUACAGAGUGAGUUCCCCCACAUGGGUCAGUUCUCGAGCUUGUCUCCAAUCCCAGGCUUCUCCUCCUGGCUCCAGGGCCUUCUCAGCCAGUACAGGAAGGAGGGCCGUGGCUCUGACCUCCUGUCUGAGCAGGAGUGGAAGGAAGUGGAACAGGCCACUGAUUCGGCCCCGGGCACACCGGCGUUUGAGGCCCUCCGCAAGCUGGUCGGCACGAGCGAGUGGAUGCAGUCUGGGCGGCUGUCCCGUGUCCUAGAGCCCGCCCUGAUGCGUCUGUGCGCCUGGUACCUCUAUGGGGAGAAGAGGCGAGGCUACGCUCUCAACCCGGUGGCCAACUUCCACCUGCAAAACGGCGCCACAAUGUGGCGGCUCAACUGGCACGCUGACACCAGCCCUAGGGGUGUGGCGAACUCCUGCGGCAUCAUGGUGAACUAUCGUUACUUCCUGAACGAGACGUCUACAAACAGUGCGCUUUACCUGCAGAAUAAGGUCAUCCCGGCAUCAGAGCAGGUGCUGGGACUGGUGUCCCAGUUUCAGAAGAACAGCAAACUGUGAGAAAUCGACAAGGGUACACCCAUAAAUACAUCUCUGUCCUGUUAUAUUGCACUUGACAUCAUGAAUAUAUUGACUGACAUCAAUUAUUCUCUUGUCUUUCUUGUUUUUAAUAUUUGAUUAUAUAUUUGAUUUGAUAUCGGAUUAAUACCCAAAAAGAAAAAACAGCUUCAAAAGCACCACUGAAGGGAUGUCAGCUGAUAUUUUUAGUUUUGAGUUUUUUUGAGUCAUUUCUCACAUGACGUCUCAUAUCCCAUCUUCAUCUGUAUGUAGUGCAUAGGUUAGGUUUUUUGCCUCAUUGGGUUUCUGGUUGAAGCUGUUUGAUAUUGUGUAAGUGCUUCCCAGGCUGAGAGACUGUAGCUAAUGAAGCACGAGGCAUCUAUCAAUGCUUUACCAUGUUCCUGGAUAACAGUGUGUGUAAUGGUGAAGCAGAAGCAACACGGGAGUGCAGCUGCUGGAAUAAAUUAUGUUUAGAUUCA